CACAACUCGAAAAUUAGGUGAAGGUCAUUAAAAUGGCGACUGUCGAUACGGAAGUGUUAUCGUUAUUGUUAAAAGCAUCUUCAAAAGACUUUGUGGCCAAAUUGUGCAAUGAGGCUUUCCUAUACAGAGACACUGUAGUUAUACCUGAGGCUUUAAUUCAGAAAACAUCAGAAGGACUUUCCAUAGAAGUGCAAGAGAGUAAAAAUCUUCUAAAUCACUUAAGCAUUCUUACCAAAAAGGCAGUAUUUCAAGGUCAAACAGAACCAGCUGCUGUGCUUAAAGUAUUUCCAGAUGGAUUUCACAAAAACCUUAGGGACCUACUUGCCAAAAUUAUCAUUGAGAACUUGCCAAUGUGGAAAAACCAUGCAAUAAACAAUCAAGUUUCUUUGCCAAGGCUUCUAGACUUUGACUGGAGAGUAGACAUCAAGACCUCCUCUGACAGCAUAAGCAGGAUGUCAGUUCCAACAUGUAUUAUGCAGUUGAAGGUCCAGGAAAAUUCCACUAAAAUUGAUAGUGUGCCAGAAGUGACUAGUAUGAAUGUUGAACUUUCUAAAGAGACACUAGACACCAUGUUAGAUGGACUUGGUAAAAUAAGGGACCAGUUAUCAUCUGUGGCAUCUAAAGGAAAGAAAUAGAUAAAUAUAAUAACAUAUUGAAAUUUGUUCUAAAAGAAAUGAUCAUUGAGAAUUAUCAUUUGUAAUUUGUUCACUGUGAUUAAACAGUACACAUGUAGGUAUCAAAGAAGAACAGGAUAGGCAAGAAAAUAAACAACAUGUCCCAGAGUAACCCAAGUUUUAAAACCUAUUUUGUCAAAUUAUCUGUAUUGGAACAAAGUUCAGAAACACUUAAAGUCUCUCAUAUGUGAUAAGGUGCAUGGAUGUAAGACAAACACUAAGAAAACAUAUAAUGUGAGAUUUUAUUUCAUUGGGUUUUCUAAAGUAGAUUUAGAGACUCGGCACUUAAUUACAUGACAUACGUAGCAUUAUUCUGUCAAUCAUUGUUCCAUCAGUAGAUCUACCAAUGCCACGAAAUGUACUAUCAAUAACUAUUAUUUUUACAUGUAACUAUAUAAUAAAUAUUGAAAUAUCAAAAAAAUUUAAUAAAUUCAUAUCUAUGUCAAAAUGACAUGUACUUGAUGUUUGUAAACAAAGCGUUUCUGCUGACACAUUCCCUUCUAUAAACCAUUUAUGGUAUUUCAUCCAAA